AUGGCUUCCACCCAAUACGCCUUUGCGGAAACCUUUCCGGGUCCGAAGGUUAGGGUAGCAGCAAAAAUUCGUGGGUUUUCGGAUCCAGAUACCAAUUUUGAAACCUCCAGAACUGUCAACUGGGUUUUGAAGCAGUGGCAAAACUCAAUUAGUUUAGGGCUCUUUGGAGAAACCGGGUUUGGCAAUGCUGGAUAUUUCGGAGUUUCUCUCGAUCACGGAAGAAUUCUGUUUAAAGGGCUUACUCAAACUCCUGUGAAAUCCAUUGCUGAGUUUCAGAAUUUAUACAUCACAGCAUGUUCUACAGACACGGCUGCAACCGAAAAAGAAUUUGAGCCUGCACCCAAAAAAGGAUUUGUGUCUGCUCGGAGAAGCCACUUGGGAUUAAUUGUUCAUGUCUUUGAACAUAAUAGAAGUAUAAAUGGUCUUGUGAGCAAAAUAAAUUUUGUUGAUAUGGCAGGUUAUGAAGAUGCUAGAAACAAAAGUGGUGAUGCUUCUGGUGUUGCUGAGAAUAACAAAUUAACAAGUCAAUUUACGCCUUACGGAAUGUUUGUCAUGCUUCGAGCGCAAAUGAAAGUUGUGUCCCUUUUUGGGAAAGUAAACUCACACGCAUGUUGCAGGACUCCUUGA